AUUUAUAAGUGUGAAAAUUGAGGAAAGAUUGCACUCGGGGCGAGGGAAGAGUGAGUUGCAGGUGUUUGAUAGGAAGAGAUUCAAAGUCUGAAUGUGAGGUCACAGGGGCAGCUGAAGGGGAAUCACCAUGAGGAAGGGGAAGAGAUGGUUCUGCCAAUGGACCUUCUUGGCGCUCAUUCUCCCUGAAAUGAUCAAUUGCCAAAAGCAAAAGCGCCAGAUAUUCCGUGAACAAGUGCUCCCAGCCCUCGGCGGUAAAAUUCCGGAAGAAGCUUUUAGAACAGACCGUCUAGCCCUGAAUCGCCUGAAUAAAGAAGGUAUCACUGUUGUUGAUGGCGUGAUACUCGAGGCUCGCCACGCAGACAAACAUCCAACUCAUGACCGAAUCCAGCCUGAAGUUAUAAAGGUUUACGCGACUGUAGACAACAGAUACGUCCCACCGGAAGGUAGAUAUCACUACGAUCAGCCGAGGACUGUGGACACAACGUACGUCAUCAGGAAACCAAUUGGCGAUUCCGGCCUCACUCUCAAUCCCCCCGAUCACCGUCAUGAAUCGACUUAUCCUCCAGCUGAGGCUCACGGCUACGUGAAUUUCCACCGACAAACGCCAGUCCCCGUUCCCAUUUCCCCUCCCACUCCCCCCAAGAUCUACAAGCCUAUUAUUAAACCCCUCAUCAUCCCUGCGGAUCACAUCUUAUUCUCAGGGUUCUAUCAUCCCUCCUGGGAUCAUCCGCACGCCUUCGAUUGGAGUGGAAGUAGAUUCAGGGACCAACUUCGUGAUGAACAUCCACCGGUGUUUGACACUUAUCAAAUUAUAGAAAACUAUCAAGGAUUUCUCGACGAUUUCCACAACCGACGAUUGCGUCAUACGGAAAAUCCUACUCUGGCGAACGCGCUAACAGCCGCAGGGAAGGCCAUUAAAACUUCUGCAAAAUCUGCAUUCGAAUUUACCUCGCCUCAGCUCGAAGACACGAAACGUGAGACGAGCAUUCCAGAAACAGGAUUUUCAUGCGAAGGGAGGAUAGGAACAUUCGCUGACAUCAAAGCCAACUGUCAGGUGUUUCAUGAAUGCUCCGGAUGGCGGAAGACGUCUUCAACGUGUCCGUUUGGUACAGCGUACAGUGAAGAGUUGAAGAGGUGUGAAUGGACUCAUCAAGUCAAAUGCAGCAAGAGAGCCUCAAACACAACGGAAGCUGGAGCAGUUUACCUCAACGUCAAACUCAGUGCGGUCAUGGCAAGGAGCUAUCCAGUGACACUGCGAAUUCUCAUUAUCAUCGGGGGAUUCACCUUCACCCUCUCGCAGGAUCAGAGGUUCAGAAUACGGGUUUACGAUGAUUAUCCGGAGUAUCAGGAGUACCAGGAGUUCCAGGACUAUCAGGCGGAAGAGCCUCCCCAGGAGGUGAGGCACGAGCAAGUGCGGGCGCCUGUGCAGUUGCAACUGAAAAACGAGGAGAGGAAGAAGGACCAGGACUUUAGCAAAAUUCCGGGGGCGCCGGGGGUGGACUACCCGAUAUAUCAUCAGGUGCCGCAGACGGAGUUCUCGUGCGCGCGGGUCCCCUUUGUGCCGGGGAUGUACGCUAAUCCGGAAACUGGGUGUCAGGCGUAUCACGUUUGUCAUGAUGGACGAGAGGGCCACCAGGGGGCUUCGUUCCUCUGCAGCAACGGGACGUUAUUCAAUCAGAAGGAGUUCGCCUGCGACUGGUGGUACAAUGUUGACUGCUACGAGGCAACUAAACACUACAGAUUGAAUGGGGAUUUGCAGACAAAUCCAUUCGUCCCGAAGGAGCGCAAGGACGCGAUAGCUCGCGAGAAGCUGAGAAUCGCAGUAUUUUGACUCCACUGAACCAAGAGCACCUAAAUAUUAAUUUAAAUUCCCCAGAGGUCUCCCUGACUUCAACCCACCAAAAUCAAAGACUUCCGCAUUAUUAGAAUCCCUGAAGUUCCACAA